UUUAGGCCAUAAAAAUGUCUCUUGUGGAAAUGGUGGAAUUUGUCGCUUAUACUGACACUGAGCCUGCCAGUGAGGAUUCUUGCUUUCCUUCUACUGAUUCAGCAUCUCAGGCUGUGAUGUCUAACAGCAGGCUAGAGUCUCCUUCACCUACUGGGAGUGAGUCACCCAACAGCAGUAUCAGAGAGUCAUUGUCUCCAUCACCAGUCAAACUGUACAAACAAUCAGAUUUCCAAGGAUUAACUUAUAGAGAAAUGGUGAGUGAAGUAGAGCCACUGAUGGAAGUCAUAUAUAGUAACCCUCUCCUCCAAUCAUCACUACAGUCAAUAUUGGUUAAUACAGCUACUGCUAAUAAUGGAAUGAGAGAUAUAAUUGAUAGUGUAAGCCAUUCACUGUAUACUGCAGCAUAUUGUCAGCAAAGAGUGUAUUGUACAUGUAUGGAGUAUAAUUUUGGUAAACCUAGUUUUUAG